AGCUGGGGACCGAACCCAGGGCCUUGCGCUUCCUAGGUAAGCGCUCUACCACUGAGCUAAAUCCCCAGCCCCGCCAGGUGGCACUCUUAAGUGCACCACACAUGUACGUCAGGCCCCACUGGUCCAUUUCUGUCUGGGCCAUCUGCUAAGAUCCACAUAGCUUGGUGCAUAACCCCCAAGCCUUCUUUCUGCUGUCAAGAGUGCCUUCCCUUGGUGUCUUCUUCGUGCCAGGCCUCCCCUAAUCCCUGACUGACUAAUACCUCUUGAGUCUCCGUAUGUCAGGGGAGCACCUUGACAUGGGCAGUCCCUGGGGUUUCCCCUGUCUCUGGGGAUGAUAAUUGGAUAACAGGGCCUUAAGGGCCUUAGGGGCCUCAUGUCAUUCAUUAUUUCCUCCACAGUGUUCCUUCCACUGUGCCUGAUGUCUCUGCAGGGGUUGGGCCGGCAGGCACAGCCCUAUUCCUUUCUGUUGCCGCUCACUCUAACAUGGUAACUCAGAUUUGAAGCAGCAUAGAGCUGCCACCAAUCCACAUCAGGCAGGGUGGGGUGGGUCAACAUACCAGGCAGUUGAGAGGAAGGAGGAGUGGGCUCAGGAAAUAGGAAUAGACUUGGUUGCACAGGGGAGGGGGUGUGUGUGACCUCAGGCCACUCCCCUUGCAACCCCGGGGCCACCUUACCCCCUGAAAAAGGGAAGUUCCCUUCUGCCCCAAGCUCGCAGAGCUAGCCUCAAGACUCUGCGUGCAGACACUGGCUUAUGCAUUUCCUGAAAGUCAUUGGACAAGCUUGGAAGAAACAGACAGCCGCCUACACACUCCCUGGCCAGUUAGGCUCUCCGGAGGGCUGGGACAGGAUCUUCAUGCUCUGUAGGGCCCCAGAGCUGUGGGCUCAGAUCUGUCUUGGGGGCCACAUAAGACCUCAGGUGUUAGAACCUGUGCUGAGAGGCUAGAGUGGGUCUGUCAUGCAGACUGCGAGAAAGCAGCCAAGUUCAAGGAGCUUGUGCAUGGAGCUGCCAGCCAUCCACCUUAGGCAAGGCUUUGCUGGACAGAACUGUGAAGAAAAUGUGGAUGACUGCCCAGGAAACAACUGCAAGAACGGGGGUGCCUGUGUGGACGGUGUGAAUACCUACAAUUGCCGCUGCCCACCGGAGUGGACAGGUCAGUACUGCACAGAGGAUGUGGACGAGUGUCAGCUCAUGCCCAACGCCUGCCAGAAUGGCGGAACCUGCCACAACUCCCACGGUGGCUACAACUGCGUGUGUGUCAAUGGCUGGACUGGUGAGGACUGCAGUGAGAACAUUGAUGACUGUGCCAGUGCCGCCUGUUUUCAGGGUGCCACCUGCCAUGACCGUGUGGCUUCCUUCUACUGCGAGUGUCCACAUGGGCGCACAGGCCUGCUGUGCCACCUGAACGAUGCGUGUAUCAGCAACCCCUGCAACGAGGGCUCCAACUGCGACACCAACCCUGUCAACGGCAAGGCCAUCUGCACUUGCCCCUCGGGGUACACGGGGCCAGCCUGCAGCCAGGACGUGGAUGAGUGCGCUCUAGGUGCCAACCCGUGUGAGCACGCGGGCAAGUGCCUCAACACACUGGGCUCUUUCGAGUGUCAGUGUCUACAGGGCUACACUGGGCCCCGCUGUGAGAUUGAUGUCAACGAGUGCAUCUCCAACCCAUGUCAGAAUGAUGCCACGUGCCUGGACCAGAUUGGGGAGUUUCAGUGUAUAUGUAUGCCAGGUUAUGAGGGUGUAUACUGUGAGAUCAACACGGACGAGUGUGCCAGCAGCCCCUGUCUACACAAUGGCCGCUGCGUGGACAAGAUCAACGAGUUCCUGUGUCAGUGUCCCAAAGGCUUCAGCGGGCACCUGUGCCAGUAUGACGUGGAUGAGUGCGCCAGCACACCAUGCAAGAACGGCGCCAAGUGCCUGGAUGGGCCCAACACCUACACCUGCGUGUGCACAGAAGGUUACACGGGGACCCACUGCGAGGUGGACAUUGACGAGUGUGACCCUGACCCCUGUCACUAUGGUUUGUGCAAGGAUGGUGUGGCCACCUUUACCUGCCUCUGCCAGCCAGGCUACACAGGCCAUCACUGUGAGACCAACAUUAAUGAGUGUCACAGCCAGCCGUGCCGCCAUGGCGGCACCUGCCAGGACCGUGACAACUACUACCUCUGCUUAUGCCUCAAGGGGACCACAGGACCCAACUGUGAGAUCAAUCUGGAUGACUGUGCGAGCAACCCCUGUGACUCUGGCACGUGUCUGGACAAGAUCGAUGGCUACGAGUGUGCGUGCGAGCCAGGCUACACAGGGAGCAUGUGUAAUGUCAACAUUGACGAAUGUGCGGGCAGCCCCUGCCACAACGGGGGCACCUGUGAGGAUGGCAUCGCCGGCUUCACUUGCCGCUGCCCCGAGGGCUACCACGACCCUACGUGCCUGUCUGAGGUCAACGAGUGCAACAGUAACCCCUGCAUCCAUGGAGCUUGCCGGGAUGGCCUCAAUGGAUACAAAUGUGACUGUGCCCCUGGGUGGAGUGGGACAAACUGUGACAUCAACAACAAUGAGUGUGAGUCCAACCCUUGUGUCAACGGUGGCACCUGCAAAGACAUGACCAGUGGCUACGUAUGCACCUGCCGAGAAGGCUUCAGUGGCCCUAACUGCCAGACCAACAUUAACGAAUGUGCUUCCAACCCCUGCCUGAACCAGGGCACCUGCAUUGAUGAUGUCGCUGGGUACAAAUGCAACUGCCCUCUGCCCUAUACAGGAGCCACAUGUGAGGUGGUGUUGGCCCCAUGUGCCACCAGCCCCUGCAAAAACAGUGGGGUAUGCAAGGAGUCUGAGGACUAUGAGAGCUUUUCCUGUGUCUGUCCCACAGGCUGGCAAGGUCAAACCUGCGAGAUCGACAUCAAUGAGUGUGUGAAAAGCCCGUGUCGCCAUGGUGCCUCUUGCCAGAACACCAAUGGCAGCUACCGCUGCCUCUGCCAGGCUGGCUACACGGGUCGCAACUGCGAGAGUGACAUCGAUGACUGCCGACCCAACCCAUGUCACAACGGGGGUUCCUGCACUGACGGGGUCAACGCGGCCUUCUGCGACUGCCUGCCCGGCUUCCAGGGUGCCUUCUGUGAGGAGGACAUCAACGAAUGCGCCAGCAAUCCAUGCCAAAAUGGCGCCAACUGCACUGACUGCGUGGACAGCUACACGUGCACCUGCCCCACGGGCUUCAAUGGCAUCCAUUGCGAGAACAACACACCUGACUGUACCGAGAGCUCCUGUUUCAAUGGUGGCACCUGUGUGGAUGGUAUCAACUCCUUCACCUGUCUGUGCCCACCUGGCUUCACGGGCAGCUACUGCCAGUAUGACGUCAAUGAGUGUGACUCACGGCCCUGUCUGCAUGGUGGCACCUGCCAAGACAGCUAUGGUACCUAUAAGUGUACCUGCCCACAGGGCUACACUGGUCUCAACUGCCAGAACCUUGUGCGCUGGUGUGACUCAGCUCCCUGCAAGAAUGGCGGCAAGUGCUGGCAGACCAACACACAGUACCACUGCGAGUGCCGCAGCGGCUGGACUGGCUUCAACUGCGACGUGCUCAGUGUGUCCUGCGAGGUGGCUGCACAGAAGCGAGGCAUCGAUGUCACUCUCCUAUGCCAGCACGGAGGGCUCUGUGUGGAUGAGGAAGACAAGCAUUACUGCCACUGCCAGGCAGGAUACACGGGCAGCUACUGUGAGGACGAGGUGGACGAGUGCUCACCUAAUCCCUGCCAGAACGGAGCCACCUGCACUGACUAUCUCGGUGGCUUUUCCUGCAAGUGUGUGGCUGGGUACCAUGGCUCUAACUGCUCUGAGGAGAUCAACGAGUGCCUAUCCCAACCCUGCCAGAAUGGGGGUACCUGCAUUGAUCUGACCAACACCUACAAGUGCUCCUGCCCCAGGGGCACACAGGGUGUACACUGUGAGAUCAACGUCGAUGACUGCCAUCCUCCCCUAGACCCUGCUUCCCGAAGCCCCAAAUGCUUCAAUAAUGGCACCUGCGUGGACCAGGUGGGUGGCUAUACCUGCACCUGCCCGCCAGGCUUCGUCGGGGAGCGGUGCGAGGGCGAUGUCAAUGAGUGUCUCUCCAACCCCUGUGACCCACGUGGCACCCAGAACUGCGUGCAGCGUGUUAAUGACUUCCACUGCGAGUGCCGGGCUGGCCACACUGGACGCCGCUGUGAGUCGGUCAUUAAUGGCUGCAGGGGCAAACCAUGCAGGAAUGGAGGUGUCUGUGCUGUGGCCUCCAACACCGCCCGUGGAUUCAUCUGUAGGUGCCCUGCGGGCUUCGAGGGUGCCACUUGUGAAAAUGACGCCCGCACUUGUGGCAGUUUGCGCUGCCUCAACGGUGGUACGUGCAUCUCAGGCCCACGCAGUCCCACCUGCCUAUGCCUGGGCUCCUUCACUGGCCCUGAAUGCCAGUUCCCAGCCAGCAGCCCCUGUGUGGGUAGCAACCCCUGCUACAAUCAGGGCACCUGUGAGCCCACAUCCGAGAGCCCUUUCUACCGCUGUCUAUGCCCUGCCAAAUUCAACGGGCUGCUGUGCCACAUCCUGGACUACAGCUUCACAGGUGGCGCCGGGCGCGACAUUCCCCCGCCACAGAUUGAGGAGGCCUGCGAACUGCCUGAGUGCCAGGAGGAUGCAGGCAAUAAGGUCUGCAACCUUCAGUGUAAUAAUCACGCGUGUGGCUGGGACGGCGGCGACUGCUCCCUCAACUUCAAUGACCCUUGGAAGAACUGCACUCAGUCCCUGCAGUGCUGGAAGUAUUUUAGUGACGGCCACUGUGACAGCCAGUGCAACUCAGCUGGCUGCCUUUUUGAUGGCUUCGACUGCCAGCUCACCGAGGGACAGUGCAACCCCCUGUAUGACCAGUACUGCAAGGACCACUUCAGUGAUGGCCACUGCGACCAGGGCUGCAACAGUGCCGAGUGUGAGUGGGAUGGACUGGACUGUGCAGAGCAUGUCCCCGAGCGACUGGCAGCCGGCACACUGGUGCUGGUGGUGCUGCUUCCGCCCGAUCAGCUACGCAACAACUCCUUCCACUUCCUGCGGGAGCUCAGCCACGUGCUGCACACCAACGUGGUCUUCAAGCGUGACGCGCAGGGCCAGCAGAUGAUCUUCCCCUACUAUGGCCGCGAGGAAGAGCUACGCAAGCACCCGAUCAAGCGUUCUGCAGUGGGCUGGGCCACAACGUCACUGCUUCCUGGCACCAAUGGUGGGCGCCAGCGCAGGGAGCUGGACCCCAUGGACAUCCAUGGCUCCAUCGUCUACCUGGAGAUCGACAACCGGCAGUGUGUACAGUCAUCCUCGCAAUGCUUCCAGAGCGCCACCGAUGUGGCUGCCUUCCUAGGUGCUCUUGCCUCCCUCGGCAGCCUCAAUAUCCCCUACAAGAUCGAAGCCGUAAAGAGUGAGACGGUGGAGCCUCCGCUGCCCUCACAGCUGCACCUCAUGUACGUGGCGGCAGCUGCCUUCGUGCUCCUGUUCUUUGUGGGCUGUGGGGUGCUGCUGUCCCGCAAGCGCAGGCGGCAGCAUGGCCAGCUCUGGUUCCCUGAGGGUUUCAAAGUGUCAGAGGCCAGCAAGAAGAAGCGGAGAGAACCCCUCGGCGAGGACUCAGUCGGCCUCAAGCCCCUGAAGAACGCCUCAGAUGGUGCCCUGAUGGACGACAAUCAGAACGAGUGGGGGGACGAAGACCUGGAGACCAAGAAGUUCCGGUUUGAGGAACCAGUGGUUCUCCCUGACCUGGAUGAUCAGACUGACCACCGGCAGUGGACCCAGCAGCACCUGGAUGCCGCUGACCUACGUGUGUCUGCCAUGGCCCCAACGCCGCCUCAGGGGGAGGUAGAUGCUGACUGCAUGGACGUCAAUGUUCGAGGACCAGAUGGCUUCACUCCCCUAAUGAUUGCCUCCUGCAGCGGAGGGGGCCUGGAGACAGGCAACAGUGAGGAAGAAGAAGAUGCACCUGCUGUCAUCUCCGACUUCAUCUAUCAGGGUGCCAGCUUGCACAACCAGACGGACCGCACAGGGGAGACUGCCCUGCACCUGGCUGCCCGAUACUCUCGUUCAGAUGCUGCCAAGCGCUUGCUGGAGGCCAGCGCAGAUGCCAACAUCCAAGACAACAUGGGGCGUACCCCAUUACAUGCCGCUGUUUCUGCAGACGCUCAGGGUGUCUUCCAGAUCCUGCUCCGGAACAGAGCCACAGAUCUGGAUGCCCGAAUGCAUGAUGGCACAACCCCUCUGAUCCUGGCGGCACGCCUGGCCGUGGAAGGCAUGCUAGAGGACCUCAUCAACUCUCACGCUGAUGUCAAUGCUGUGGAUGACCUAGGCAAGUCAGCUCUGCACUGGGCAGCCGCUGUGAACAAUGUGGACGCUGCUGUUGUGCUCCUGAAGAACGGAGCCAACAAAGACAUGCAGAACAACAAGGAGGAGACUCCCCUGUUCCUGGCCGCCCGUGAGGGCAGCUAUGAGACUGCCAAAGUGUUGCUGGACCACUUUGCCAACCGGGACAUCACGGAUCACAUGGACCGAUUGCCACGGGACAUUGCACAGGAGCGCAUGCACCACGAUAUCGUGCGGCUUUUGGAUGAAUACAACCUGGUGCGCAGCCCACAGCUGCAUGGCACUGCCUUGGGUGGCACACCCACUCUGUCUCCCACACUCUGCUCGCCCAACGGCUACCUGGGCAACCUCAAGUCUGCCACACAGGGCAAGAAGGCCCGAAAGCCCAGCACCAAAGGGCUGGCUUGCAGUAGCAAGGAAGCUAAGGACCUCAAGGCCCGGAGGAAGAAGUCCCAGGAUGGCAAGGGCUGCCUGUUGGACAGCUCAAGCAUGCUGUCACCCGUGGACUCCCUCGAGUCACCCCAUGGCUACUUGUCAGAUGUGGCCUCACCACCCCUCCUUCCCUCCCCGUUCCAGCAGUCUCCAUCCAUGCCUCUCAGCCACCUGCCAGGUAUGCCUGACACCCACCUGGGCAUCAGCCACUUGAAUGUGGCAGCCAAGCCCGAGAUGGCAGCUCUGGCCGGAGGCAGCCGGUUGGCCUUUGAGCCACCCCCACCACGCCUCUCCCACCUGCCUGUAGCCUCCAGUGCCAGCACAGUGCUGAGUACCAAUGGCACAGGGGCUAUGAAUUUCACCGUGGGUGCACCGGCAAGCUUGAAUGGCCAGUGUGAGUGGCUUCCCCGGCUCCAGAAUGGCAUGGUGCCCAGCCAGUACAACCCGCUAAGGCCAGGUGUGACUCCGGGCACACUAAGCACACAGGCAGCUGGCCUCCAGCAUGGCAUGAUGGGCCCGAUACACAGCAGCCUCUCCACCAAUACCUUGUCCCCGAUUAUCUACCAGGGCCUGCCCAACACAAGGCUGGCCACACAGCCCCACCUGGUGCAGACCCAGCAGGUGCAGCCACAGAACUUACAAAUCCAGCCUCAGAACCUGCAGCCACCAUCGCAGCCACACCUCAGUGUGAGCUCAGCAGCCAAUGGGCACCUGGGUCGGAGCUUCCUGAGCGGGGAGCCCAGCCAGGCAGACGUACAGCCGCUGGGCCCCAGCAGUCUGCCUGUGCACACCAUUCUGCCCCAGGAAAGCCAGGCUCUGCCGACAUCACUGCCAUCCUCCAUGGUCCCACCCAUGACCACUACCCAGUUCCUGACCCCUCCUUCUCAGCACAGCUACUCAUCCUCACCUGUGGACAACACCCCCAGCCACCAGCUGCAGGUGCCAGAGCACCCCUUCCUCACCCCAUCCCCUGAGUCCCCUGACCAGUGGUCCAGCUCCUCCCCGCAUUCCAACAUCUCUGAUUGGUCCGAGGGCAUCUCUAGCCCGCCCACGAGCAUGCCGUCCCAGAUCACCCACAUUCCAGAGGCAUUUAAGUAAACAGAGAUGUGGGAUGAAGGACCCCAGCUUCCGUUCCCAAGCUCUGUUGGGAGUCCUUUCCAGUGCUCCAGGAUGCUGGGGCGACCAAAGGAGCCUUUUAAAAAAAAAUGUUUUUAUACAAAAUAAGAGGACAAGAAUUUCCAUUUUUUUUUUUAGUAUUUAUUUAUGUACUUUUAUUUUCCACAGAAACACUGCCUUUUUAUUUAUAUGUAUUGUUUUCUAUGGCACUAGGGGAAAACAUCUGUUCCAAGAAAAUAAACUAGUUCUGAGAGCCUCGAUUUUCCUGGUCAGGGUGAAGUUCCCUGUGUGUUUGUAAAAUACGAACAAGGAUUCAUGAUUUGUAAAUGCCGUUUAUUUAUUGAUUGCUUCUUUCCAAAAUCGUCGAGAAAGAAAGAAAGAAAAAGAAAGAAAGAAAGAAAGAAAGGAAAGAAAGAAAGAAAGGCAUGCUAGGAGAAAGGAGGAGGAGGCUGGAAACUUCCUCGCCAGAUUUCCCCCUCCCCAGAUGCCUGCUACCCCACUCACUGCCCCUCCUCCCAGUGUCACCUGGGAUUUGCAGAUGUGUUUAGAAACAGGCCAAGACCUUGAACCUCGGGUACAUGGAUUAGUUUUGUAUCUAAAACAGGAAACAAGUAAAAUGAUGUGGUUUGUACAUUUUCUGUAACCACCGCAUGGGCUUGGAGAAGUGUCCUCGGUGUGUGUGGAGUGUUCUACCCAGUACCAGGUAUGAAUCUGCAGGCUUCAGUGUUCUGUACUAGUGUUUAUGGCCCUUGGGAGUACUACUCCCCUGCCCUGCCCUGCCCUGCCCUGCCCUGCCCUGCCCAACUGUCCCCUUCCUGACAUCUUGAGCCAGUAAGCCAAGUGGGGUGUGGUGCCUCCUGGAGAAUGACACUGCCUGGACUGUUCCGUGCGUCACCCCUGAACAGCAUCAUCCAAAUUCAACUGAGGAUGGACUGUCCCUGCCUGGGCCUGGGCUCCUGACAUCCGACUGCCAAAGGGCUCCAAUGUGCACUGUGAACUCACCAGAGCAGCCUACAUUGAGACCUCAAGAAGAUAUAAGCUGUGUGGCCUCUGAUCCCCCAACUGGCCUGGGUGGGGACGUGCCUUGAGUGUGCUGGAAUGUGGGCGGAGCCUGCCUCUGGGCCACCCCUCCUGGUUCAGGGCGGUGCUCACAGCAGAUUUUUGCAGUAUCAAGUAUACGCCUGUGGCAGAAUAAGUAUCUGUAAAUACAUGUUUAAAGGUGGAUUUUGUUUAAGAAAUCUAAAGGAACAAGUCUGUCCCGUGUCAAGCUGAUGAGGAAUGUCAGACCAUGGCUCAGCUCGGUGUGACCCAGGCCUUGUGACCUGACAGUAGCUCCUAAGAGCACAACCCAGGAUGGCCCAUCUGCUGUCCACCAAGCCCUUUCCCAGCCACUGUGUGCGGGGAGGGGGGCUUUCGGGGGCAGCUGCCUACCUCCUCAGGGCAGCUCCUCCUGGCCUUUUGGGAAGCAGUGUCUGCGCUAUACCUAAUAGAUAUGACCAGACACAUCCUAAGAUGUUGAUUCUUACUGUGUUUUAUUAAAAAAAAAUGUAGUUUACAGAAAAAAGAAACUUAAAAAAAAGUUAUCUACAUGUAAAACUGUAGGUAAUAAAAGUGAUGUAUUUUUUCAUCUUUUUUGUUAACUAAUUUGCAAUAAAAAUGAAGCUGAUGGUCUUCCAUGUUUUGCUAA